AUGACAACGACACUCUGGCUUGCUUGUUUCUCCCCUGUUGUGCAUAAAUAUCUUACGUCAAGCGAUGAUGUUGAUGAUAGUUUAACAGAUUUGAAUCGGAGUGAUUUACCCGAAAAAGGCCAACUAAAGGUUGACAAGAUAUUUACAGGCUUGUAUGGCAUGAAUUUCUUUUUGUCAGUAAACACUGCGUUAUAUAUCGCUCUUUGUGGUUACGAAGCAGCCACACAACAUUAA